GCAGCACCAACCACCAUACGCCGCGUAACAGAAGAUUUGACGACAUACAUCCCUCUCUUCUUCUUCUUCUUCUUCAUCUUUAUUCACUCUACCUUAUCAUCGUCUUAGCCGCCGUCAUGUCGCCGGCGCCGGAACAAGUACCUCUCCUGCCGGCUGCGAAGCCCUCCAUGAAAACUGCAUCGGUCUCCGGCGCCGUGUUCAACGUCUCCACCAGUAUAAUUGGUGCUGGAAUCAUGUCCAUUCCCUUCGCUCUAAAGGUCCUCGGCAUAAUCCCCGCCCUCGUUCUCAUCGUCUUCGUCGCUUUCCUUACUGACAUAUCGGUGGAGCUUUUGCUUAGAUUCACUCAUUCCGGCGACUCUACAACCUACGCCGGCGUCAUGAAGGAGUCCUUCGGUCCGAUUGGUUCGAUUGCUACACAAGUUUGUAUCAUGAUUACUAAUCUCGGUUGCUUGAUUAUGUACCAGAUUAUAAUCGGGGAUGUGCUCUCCGGCAAUAAAGAAGGAGGAAAAGUACAUUUAGGAGUUUUACAAGAGUGGUUUGGGCAUCACUGGUGGAACACCAGAGAGUUCUCAAUUCUUUUCACUCUCGUCUUCAUACUAUUUCCUCUGGUUCUUUUCCGACGAGUCGAUUCUUUGAGAUUCAGUUCGUUUAUAUCGGUUGUUUUGGCCGUCGUUUUCAUUGGGAUAAGCUCUGUAAUGGCGAUAAUGGCGAUUGUUGAAGGAAAAACAAAGAGCACGAGAUUGGUGCCGGAGCUUGACGAGGAAACUUCCUUCUUCGACCUUUUCACGGCGGUGCCAGUUCUUGUCACAGCUUUCUGCUUCCAUUUCAAUGUUCAUCCAAUAAGUUCUGAGCUUCAUAAGCCAUCAAAUAUGACCACUGCGGUUCGGAUUGCGCUUCUCCUCUGUGCUAUUUUCUAUUUCACAAUCGGAAUUUUCGGGUACUUGUUGUUUGGAGACUCAUUAAUGUCAGAUAUUCUGAUGAACUUUGAUGAGAGUGGUGAUACAACAGGGGCUUUGUUGAAUGAUGUUGUGAGAUUAAGCUAUGCAGUUCAUCUCAUGCUUGUUUUCCCUUUGCUAAACUUCCCCUUGAGAUCCAAUAUUAUUGAAUUAUUCUUCCCAAAGAAGGCUUCUUCGGGCACAGAUCAAAGAAGGUUUCUGGGCAUUACAUUGGCUUUGUUGGUCUUCUCUUACCUGGCUGCAAUAGCAUUCCCAAAUAUAUGGUAUAUCUUUCAAUUCAUGGGCUCAACUUCAGCUGCUUGCCUCGCCUUCAUCUUUCCCGGUGCCAUUGCUCUCAGGGAUGUUAAUGGAAUAGCAACAAAGAAGGAUAAAGUGGUUGCUUUAGGAAUGGUAAUUCUGGCAGUAGGAACCAGUAUUGUUGCCAUUUCUAUAAACAUAAACAAUGCAUUGGAAAACAAAAAUUAAAAAUUAUUUAUUGUUUUCAAAAUUCUAUUCUACCUCUCUCUCAAAAGAAAAAAAAAAAAAGAAAAAUGUUUUGGAAUCUCCAAUUAUUUGUGUUUGGAGAUGAUGAUUGGUUGUAUAUAUAGUUUGAAAGCCCUCUUUUCUUUAAUCCUUUUCUAAGUUCAAUUUUGUAUAUUUUGAAAUUACUUUAUAAAUCAUGGUUGGAUUUCUCUAAAGUUUUUUUGUAUUUGUUUGUUUGUUUAUUAUUGAGAAAAUUAAUAGCAACAAUAGAUCCAAAAAA